UGGCGGGCCCCAGCUGUCUUUCUCGUUUGUAUUUUCGUUUUUUUUCGAUUCCCGAGACCGACGGUUGACUUCCAUAGCGCGCCGCUCCAACGCCUGUGACUGUGUGCGUGCGCUUGUGUGUGUGUGGGAGGCGAAGCAGGAAGCCGCAAAAGAAAAUCCAAUUCCGGGAAAAAUUAUCAAUGAGCGAAAACUGAACGGAAAAGCCUCGAGAUGCGUGCCUUCGAGUAGAAGAGUGAUUUUAGUGGCCAGUUUGUUAUUUUUCGGCACUUCUUGCCGAUUCGAGCGUCUGUCCGCCUUCGUGUCGGUGUGCGAGUGCCAGGCAGUGUCUCUGUGUGUGUGUGCGAGUGCCACCACGCCCACUCGCUCGGGAAAUGGCAGCAACGGUCUACCAGCGCCUCCACAGCGUCGCCGUCGGCGGCGGCAGUGCGAUCGUCAGUAGCAGCACCAGCAUCUCAUCCUCAUAUCCUGGAUCUGGGUCUGGGUCGGGAUCAGGAAACUCCGGCACUGGGGCUGGCCAUGCCUCGGCCGGCGCCUCCACCUCCUCAUCCACGUCGGCCGCCCUGCUGAGCCACUCGCAGCUGACGCGGUCGCUGGAGCGGAUCCUGGAGGAGGCGCACUUCAGCGGCGAGCUGAUCCUGACCAAUCGCAAGCUGAAGGACUUUCCCAAAGCGGGCACGAAGUACGUGCUCACGGACACCGUAAUAGCAGACCUCUCCCGGAACCGAUUCUGCGAGCUGCCCGAGGAGGUGACGACGUUCGCCUUCCUGGAGACGCUGCUCCUCUACCACAACACCAUUCGGAGCAUCCCGGAGUCGGUGAAGCAGCUCUCCUCCCUGACGUACUUGGACCUGCGCAGCAACCAGCUGUCCACGUUGCCGCGGGAGAUAUGCUUCCUGCCCCUGCAGGUGCUGCUGGUGGCCAACAACCGGCUGACCUCCCUGCCGGACGAGCUGGGCCGGCUGGACCAGACCCUGACCGAUCUGGACGCCUCCUACAACCAGCUGGCCAACCUGCCGGCCCGCCUGGGGGAGCUGAGGUCCCUGCGCUCCCUGUCGCUGCGCAGCAACCACUUGAUGUAUCUACCCCGAGAGCUGACCUGCCUGAGCCUGGUCUCCCUGGACGUGAGCAACAACAGGAUCGCCAGCCUGCCGCUGGAGAUCCGCCACAUGGGCACUCUGGUGGAGCUGCAGCUGGAGAACAAUCCCCUGACUUCGCCGCCAGCUAGUCUCUGCAUGCGCGGCCUGGUCCAUGUGUUCAAGUUUUUGGAGACGCAGGCCACCAAGGACGAGAAGGGCUCUCGCUCGGGUGGCAACUACGACGGCUACACGACGCUGCGACGGGCGCCGCGGCACAACUCCAGCGGCAAUGUCCUCGAGGCGAGCACCACUGGAGGCAACCAUCGCAGGCACCAGGUGGAAUCCGGCUAUAGCACCAGCGAUGGCCUGGACAAGCGCUGGUCGCACGACGCCCCCGCCAAGUCCAAGACCGACUCGCCGCUGCACUGCGUCUCCAGCUCGGCGGCAGCCACUCUGCCUAGGACGCUGCCCAGUGCGGUCCACUCCCAUGCGGACAUGAUGGACGCCUCGCUGACCUCCAGCACCAGCACCAUAGUGGACGAGAGCCUCACCCUGAGUCCCGCUGACUCGCCCUGCAAGCUCAGCUACACGCACUCGAGCUCCAGCAACGGUUCGUCGCCGGACCAGGACGAGGACAUCAUGCUGGACCACCAGGAGCGAACUGCCCACGCCAGCAACGGCAAGUCCGGCAAGGGUUUCCCCCAGAUUCAGACCUACAAGGAAUACAAGGAGGCCCUCAAGCAGCAGCGCAACCAGGAGGUCAGCGUCUACAAGCAGAAGCAUCCGAAUGCCAACCACAGUCCCAACGACGACGAGGACCUCUCCCCGCCGCCGCCUCCCUCGCAGAGCCUUUCCAACGGCUCUACCGCGUCCAGCACACUGCCAAAGUCCAUAAUGAAACAGUCGAGUCUGAACCAGAACGGCCAGAAUGGCCAGAACGGCCACAACGGCAACGGAAAUGGAAACGGAAACGGAAAUGGAGUCGAUGAUGUUGUCAUACCAAAGAAACCCAUCCAGAAGGUGAUUCCUUCCCGCAACACUGAAAUAAAGCCACCAUCCACUGCCGGCAUUCCGUCAGCCGUUCCAUCGGACUGCCUCGGCUACGUGAAACCGCAGAGUCCCCUGAAGAACGGCGCCAACAAGUUCAGCACGUCCAACGGCAGUGGGGGCGUCGGCUGCCCAGCCACCAGCACCACCAUUAAGUCCCCGGUCAGCUCCACCACGAAACUGGCCUCAGUGAAGGCGCACCGCUCGGUGACCUGGAACCAUGACAUUCCCGCCGAGAAGCUGAGCUUCACCAUGCGGCGGGAGUUCGACCGCCAGCGGGAGGAGACCGAGCUGAUGUCGCAGCUGAGGAGUAUUAUCGAAACACGCUUGAAAAUGACACUACCGGUGGACAUUGCCUCGGCCUUGACCGACGGCGUCAUACUCUGCCACUUGGCCAACUACGUGCGUCCGCGUUCAGUGGCUAGCAUACAUGUGCCAUCUCCGGGUGUGAACAAGCUGACCAUGGCCAGGUGUCGCCGCAAUGUGGACAACUUCCUGGAGGCCUGCCGGCGCAUAGGCGUGGAUGAGGAGUUGAUUUGCUCCUGUGAAGAUGUUGUGCCGCCAAUUGAACCGCAACCAGAGGCACAACAACAACCACGUGCUGACGAUGACUAUGAUGCUGAUGUGUAUGUCAAAGAUGCCGGCAACAGCAACAUGCAACACAACAGCAGCAACAAUAACAAUGAUAACGAUAAUGAUACUGACAAUGAUAACGAUACGGACGAUAGAGUGCCCAAUGCCAUGGCCCUACUCCAAACAGUGUCCGCUCUGAUUGCCCUGGAUGCCAAUCCGCAUCACCAGCAACUACAUCAUCUGCACAAUCCGCAACAUCACGAUCAGCCGCAAUCGCGUCGGCAGCAGCAAUCGGUUGUUGAACAUCUUGAGCACGAGCACUUCAGCGAGCCAACAACCUGCAGCCAACAGCAAGAACAGAUGUUGCAGAUAGAGAAUGUCUUGUACGAGAACGGUGGCUCCGAUGAUGUAGGGGUUGAGGACUGCGGUGAGGAGUCUGUGGGCCGAGGGCAGAAGGCGACAGUGGGCCAGAUGCUGUUGCGGGCCAAACAGAAGACCUACGAGAAGAUCAAGCAGAACCUGCUGAGCGCCCACGGGCAGCACAGCUUCCACAGCACCAACAACAACAACCGGACACUGCACACGAUUGUGGAGAACGAGCACGAUGUGGCCGCCGCUGGACCGGCAGGACACUACCACGUAAUUGAUGAGAAGGAGCAGCAGCUGGAGAAGUGCGAUAGCCCCAGGGAAAAGUCCUCCAGCAACAAGGAGGCCAUCAGCAAGCGCAUCGAGUUCUUCGAGCAGCAGCGGAACGGGAAACCGAAGCUGGAGGUUUUCAGCAUCUACCUGCCCAAGGAGAAGGAGAAGCAGCUGGAGCAGAAGAUCAAGACCAAGACCCUGGAAGCUGGAGCAACUCUGUUGAAGCACGACUCCCACACCCUGACCGUGAUCCUGUCGUGCGUCUUCAUAGCCACCUUUCUCUGGCUGGUCUUCUUCCCGCUGCCCGGCUAGUCCAUGUAGUUUCGAUAGCUUCUAUGUCCUUGCCUUGCCAGUAGAGAUAGGGUAUCGGAGUUGGAGCAGAUAUUCCACUCGGUACAGGGAGUUCUUGAGGCUGCUUUUUGUUUACCGCUUUUAGGUUUAAGCCGCGUAUUUAUAUAUUCUAUUCUAUAUAACCCGAUCUACAUCUAAGAGACCCACAAACAGGAAACUUUUGAGGCAUUUAAUCGAGAGACAACCCAAAGACUUUGAGGCAACUAGUAUUUGCUAGAAGGGUAUGCACUACUAUUCUGAACUAUAUUAAUAUAAACUAUAAACACUGAAGACUCUUUUUAAGCAAAAAGUUCCUUUGUUUAGUUUCUUACAGUUUCUAGUUCCUUUGAGUUUUAUUUUCUACUUUAACGACAAUACUUGUUCAGACAUUAAUUUAAUUAUCUCGCGACUAUCUAGCAGUAUCUAAGUAUUUAUUUUAUAGAUUGUGCAUACCCUUGAUGAAGUAUUCCCAUUUAACCACAUAUUCCUAGUUCAAGUACAAGCGAUUGAACUCUAAAUUGGAUUAAGAAUUUUAUGAAAAACUGAACUGAAUUCGAAAGGAAAACAAUUACCCAAAUAUCUAAUUUCAUUAACAUUUAAGACCUAAGUUACAACGAAACGAAAUCGAUUUAUGUUCCAUUUUGGCAAAAAGACAUCACGAAAACUAUAUACUAUAUUUAAAUAUUUAAAUAGACAUACGUUUAGGGAGAGAAAGAGUGGCAGGAAUGAGAAUUGUUACAGUUUGGUGGGAGAACACCUUUGAAGGAUUUUGUGGGAGGAGUUUUAUGACAGGGACACUCUAAAUAGUUGUAGAAAAGCGUGAAAUAGAUGUAGGACAUAGCAGAAAAUCAACAGAAAUCAUUAAGCAAUUCCAACUCAUUCUGAAAGUGAAAUCAAGAAAUAUCUAUUUUUUCAAUAGUACUCUGUAUAAGUCACAGAUGUGUCAAAGUAAUAGACCUUUUUCUUAUGUACUUUCGAUGUACAAAGUAUUGUGUCAAAGAAGAGUAGCAGACAUUUGUUAAAUAUUAAACACAGACCAGACAUUACACACUUUUUAAGGAUUUCAAUGCACAUCAAUGACAUAAAAACUCUCAAAUCCAGAACCAGAAAACAGUGCCUUUGACUGCAGAUCGCCGACACCCUAGUCUGCCUAUAAUCUAUAGCUAUAUUGUAUCUGGAUCCACAGGGAUCUUCUGCAGUCUUCAUCCUUCUCGAAAGCAAUGUUUUUCCCAUUAGUAAUUGGUGUGUUCGAAGGAGCAGAAAGCCCUUCUCUAACUCUGAUUUGCAGCUAACUUUAUAGACGUAGCUUACGCUUUGUGCUAACCACAUUCCUAACUUUAUUUUAAGCAAAAGCCUAAAAUGUACUUAAUGAAAAAUGAAAUGAAAAAAAAAUGAAAGCUAAUCAAAUUUCUCCAAGAAGCACAAUCUCAAACACAAAAGUGAAAGAUCAACACAUAUAUUUAUCUAGAGUCUAGAACCAGAAGUAUAUAUUUUGUCUAACAAAAUUAUUGUGGAAAGAUCCAGCACUCGUGGUGGCAGCUAUACGAAAUGCCAACUGUAAUCAGUCAUUAAUUUUUAUAAUCUAUUAAUAUUUAACAUCAUAUACACUUACGAAAACGAAAUCGAAAUCUACAACUUUUUGUCAGAGGAAUAUUCCAUGCAUUUACUUCCAAACCAAAAGAAAAUGAAAUACAAAACCUGUUGCAUUUAAAAGUAAGCACAAAAUGUCAAACAAUUGCUAAAUAUAUUAAAAAGAAAAAU